CAAUAUUAAAUGCAUUAUUAUAUUAAAACACUAUUUAAAUAAUAAAACUGCACAUUUCAUUUAUAAUAUCAAAUAAAAAUUAAAUUUAUUUAAAUUUAGUAAAAUUUUUGUGGCGGUAAAUAUAGAUUUUUUGUGUAUGCACACUUUAUUGCAAAUUUUGAUGUAAUGAAAUAGCUAUUAAUUAAUAUACAAACCACAUACUGAUUUAUUAAUGAAAUAUCAAAAACAUCGGGGAAAACCCUUGACGUUUUAAACCAGAAUUCGCUUGACAGGAGGUGUCAGAUAACACAAAUAAAACAAACGUUAUCGGGAUUAACCAGUCUCGAGAAUCUUGUCGAGUGCAAUCGUUAGUUUCAGUGGUUGUGACUCAUAAUUUCUUAAUUCCGUCAACAACUAGCUCAUCGAAAAUGUCUCUUUAUCCGAGUCUUGAGGAUAUGAAGGUGGAUCAGAUGGCACGAGCGGAAUGUGUCGCAAUGGCACAAAGUUAUGCGGCUUCAAUUCCGCCUGCAGUUAAUGGCAACCCCAGUGCUCCAGUUUAUCCAGCACUUGGUGAAUACAUGGGGCUGGAGCUGAGUGAAAGUGUUAUUGCUGCUAAUAUGCCAGAGUAUUCACAAAUAGCCCUUCAGCAACAAAUUUCAGUUCCUUCUGGUCAAUCACAAUGGAUAGCCCCAAUUUCUGGUACCUCUCAGGGCCUGCAAAAAGCGAACGUGACCCAUGGCGUCCGCGAACUGACUCUGUGUAAGGACAAAGACAACAAAGUUGGAUUGCGGGUCAAGGAAGUGAACAAGGGCAUUUUCGUCGUGUUGGUAAUCGAAAAAUCGCCGGCCGCCUUGGCCGGAUUGCGAUUCGGCGAUCAGAUUUUACAAAUCAAUGGGGUGAAUGUGGCUGGCUUUUCAUCUGACAAAGUCCACGAUAUUUUCAAAAAAGCACCCGUUAACGGGAUCAAAGUGGCCGUUAGGGACAGGCCGUUUGAGAGGACAAUUACUUUGCAUAAAGACAGCACUGGCUGUAUCGGAUUUCAGUUUAAAAAUGGGAAAAUUACGAGUAUUGUUAAAGAUUCUUCUGCUGCAAGAAAUGGAGUGCUGAUUGAGCAUCAGUUGUUGGAGAUUGAUGGGCAAAACGUUGUUGGAUUGAAGGAUAAGAACGUUACCAAGAUUAUUGACGCACUUGGACCUGUUGUUACUAUUACUGUUAUUCCUAGUUUUCUCUAUGAUCACAUGGUUAAAAAGAUGGCUGGAUCUUUGAUUAAGGAUUUAAUGGACCAUGCUGUUCCCACUAUUUAAACAUUUAUUUUGAAUUAUACACCAUUAUUUUAUACAUUUUAUACCAUAUUAUCUUAUAAUUAUUGCAUUUAUCAGAACUGAUUAUUUUCGUUUUCUCAGUAUUUUCUAUUAGUUUUUAAACUAAAAAUUUAGCAAUAUGUGUGUAUGUUUUCUGUUAUAUGUAUGUUAGAUGCUUCAAUAUAAAUAUUUUAAAACUAUAUAUCAAUUGCAUGUUAUGACUUUUAUAAUUAAUAUAUAUUAUAGACCAAAGAAUGUUGGAUUUGUGAUUGACUAGUGCCAGAAAGGAUAUGUUAGUUUUUUAUCUAAUAAAACUAUAUUAAAAAAUAAAA